AUGACUCUCCCAGUGGCAUGCACUCCUGCUUGUAGUUUCAUGGAGAGGUUAACUUUGCCGCAAAAAGCACAGUUCUUCUACCUAAAAUUAAAAAUAGACAUUUCCAAAGAAGUUGAUGAAACACCAGUUGAGAUUGAUAUAGUGACAUUUAAGAGUAUUCUUAUACAAGCUCUUGAUUCUUUACAUGGAAAGGUAGGCUCUGCUAUUGGUGUUGACAUCAUCAAGUUUGAAGCUAGUUCAAUGGAAGCCAUACUUAGAGUAAAAGAGAGUGGGUUGGUGAAGUUGUGGAGUGCUUUAACUCUGUUGAGUUAUUAUAAGGAUAGAAGAUGUGCAAUUUAUGUCAUUCAGGUCUCUCCUUAUUUGCUGAGCUUAGCAGCAGACAGCAGACAGUGGAAGAUAAAAGAAAAAGAAGUAACCACUUGAUGAAGCUACAUGUAAAGCUUCAGCAUGGAACACCCAAGUCUCAUAGGCACCUUGUUAAGGUGAUAUCAACCAAAGCUUACAUCAGUGCCCGUCAAUUAUUGCUGGAUGUAAAUGGAAAAGAGCAGUGAACAACAAAACUGCUUGAUAAAUCCCUUUUACUCAGGGGUCUUCUGUUGAAAAACUAAUUGGACAGACAAAGAAACAAAGUAAUGGUUGAAGUUAUUCUCCUUUCCAUAGUCCCUCGCACUUCUUCAUUCUUCAGACUUUGAAAGCCUAAUGAGGAGGCUGAAACAGUGUAACAUUAAAUUCUGAAAUUUACAGUUAACAAUUGAAAAAUUAGAAUAAAGUGUUUGAACUGUG